CACGUGAAAGCGAACCGCGCUACUAUAAGACGUUCCCCAACUAACCAUGCCAACCUUGAACUUACAAGGGAGGAUUUAUUAUUUCUUAAUCGCAUAUGUCUAAUGUUGAAAUAAGAAUAAGAAUAAUUCGUAUGUAUAUAAUAUAUAAAUCAAAGAUCAAUUUAUACAAUUUAUAACAAAAUAAGCACAAUGGCAUACGACGACACCCCCGCCAAACAAACCUCCCCCGUAAUAAUCGUGGGGGGCGGCCUAGCCGGUCUCGUAGCCGCCUUCGAGCUAUCCUCGCGCGGCGUCCGCUCCAUCAUAGUAGACCAGGAGGGCGACCAGAACCUGGGCGGGCAGGCCUUCUGGUCGCUGGGCGGCAUCUUCUGCGUGGACUCGACGGAGCAGCGGCGCCUCGGCAUCCGCGACAGCCGCGCGCUCGCCAUGCGCGACUGGCUCGGGUCCGCGCGCUUCGACCGCCUCGACGGCGACGACGUCUGGCCCCGCCGCUGGGCCGAGGCCUUUGUCGAUUUUGCCACGGACGGCAUGGAGAAGUACCUCAAGGCCAGAGGCGUCGGCUUCAUGGUCAAUGUCAGCUGGGCCGAGCGCGGCGACGGGACGGCUGAUGGCCAUGGCAACUCGGUACCCCGCUUCCAUAUCGCCUGGGGCGCGGGCCCCGAGAUCGUGCGCGCGUUCGAGGAGCCGGUGCGGGAGGCGGCGAAGAAGGGGCUCGUGGAGUUCAAGUUCAGGCACAGGGUGGACGAGCUGCUGGUCGACGAGAGCGGCCGGGCGUUCGGGGUCAAGGGGCAGAUUCUCGAACUGGACCCGGCGCCGAGGGGUGCGAAGACGUCGCGGACGGAGGUUAGCGGUUUCGAGUUCCACGGGUCUGCUGUCAUCGUCUCGUCAGGUGGGAUUGGCGGGAACGUCGAGGCUGUGAAAAAGGUAUGGCCGGUAGGCCGGCUUGGUCCCAAGGUCCCGGAGAACUUCGUCAUCGGUGUCCCCGCGCACGUCGACGGCAGGAUGAUGGGUAUUGCCGAGGGCGCGGGCGCCAACUUGGUCAAUCGCGAUAGGAUGUGGCAUUACACGGAGGGGCUGCAGAACUGGGACCCGAUCUGGCCGAAUCAUGGAAUCCGCGUCCUACCCGCGCCUUCGUCGCUUUGGCUCGAUGCUACCGGCAAGCGACUACCACCUUUCCUCUACCCGGGCUGCGACACCCUGGCCACGCUCAAGCAUAUCUGUAGCACGGGGUACGACUACAGCUGGUUUAUCCUGGACCAGACCAUCAUCGCGCGCGAAUUCGCGCUCUCGGGCUCAGAGCAGAACCCCGACAUCACCGGGAAAAGCAUAUGGCAGCUCCUGCUCAACCGCGUCUUCGGGUCCAAGGGCCCCGUGCCAGUGCAGAAGUUCCAGGAGCACGGCAAGGACUUCGUCGUGCGCGACAACCUCGAGGACCUGGUGUCCGGGAUGAACGAGCUCGCGCAAUCCGUCAGCGGUCCCUUGCUUGACCCCAAAGCCAUCAGAGAAGUGGUGGAGGCGCGCGACGCGCAGAUGGAGAACAGCUUCUGCAAGGACGCGCAGGCGAUGCUGAUCCGCAACGGCCGCAACUACUGGCCCGACAGCCGCAGCCGCGUCGCGCCGCCGCACCAGAUCCUCGACCCCAAGCACGGCCCGCUCAUCGCCGUGCGCAUGAACCUGCUCACCCGGAAGACGUUGGGCGGUCUCGAGACGAACCUCGAGAGCAACGUUAUGAAGGCGAACGGCGAGAAGUUCCCGGGUCUGUACGCGGCGGGCGAAGCGGCUGGGUUUGGCGGCGGCGGCGUUCAUGGCUAUAACUCGCUCGAGGGCACGUUUCUUGGUGGAUGCAUAUUCUCGGGCAGAGCGGCUGGACGGGCUAUUGCUGAUGAGCUGUUGGGGCCAAAAUCUAGCAUUUGAAAAUGAGAGGGAACUAGGUGCGCUUCAUUCUUGUGGUCAUAUUUCACACUUAAGGGAUAUCGGCAGAUUAGGGGGGGGAACUUGUAUGUAUAUAGCGUUCGAAAUGUUCUCUGGCAACUAAAACUAAGCGGCGGCGAUGAUGUAUGGUAUUUUCUUUUUGGUUAUAGCAAUGAUUGAAAUUGAAAAGGGCCAAGCUACGAGGACAGUAAGCGAAUUCUGACAG